AUUUAUAGAGCUCGCCAGAUGGCGUUGUCAUGCACAGAGAUUUAAUUUCCUAUCUGUAGAAUGAUAGUUAGUGGACUAUGUUACUAAACGGAUUCCGUUAGCCAAGUCUGCCACUCUUUUCCUAUCGGGCGAAGCCGGUGGAGUCAAGAGUCUUACUUGUCAAGGUGAAGUAAAAUAGGCAAGAUGUGGCCUUCAAUAUUGGACAUAGCCAAAACGAAUCCAUUCGGAACUCCUUUCGUGACAGCUAAAUGUCAGGGCCAGAAAGAACUUACACAAGCGCUCGUUAGAAAUCGUCAUAUUGCAGCUGCCUCUGUAUCAUCAGGCGAUAGCUGUGAAUUUGGAUCAAAUAAAUACUUUAUGCUAUGUGGCUUGGGUGGUAUUUUGUCAUGUGGUAUCACUCAUACUAUGGUUACUCCCUUGGAUUUGGUAAAAUGCCGUAUUCAAGUAGACCCUGCAAAGUACAAAUCAGUUUUCAAUGGAUUCAGAGUAACUAUGGCUGAAGAUGGAACUCGAGGUCUGGCUAAAGGAUGGGCUCCAACAUUCUUUGGUUACUCCAUCCAAGGAAUGUUCAAAUUUGGACUUUAUGAAGUGUUUAAAGUAUAUUAUUCAGCUCUUGCUGGAGAGGAAAAGGCAUAUGAGUAUAGAACAACUUUGUAUCUAAUUUCAUCAGCAUCUGCAGAAUUUUUUGCUGAUAUUGGUCUAGCUCCUUUUGAAGCUUCUAAAGUGAAGAUUCAAACUACACCAGGAUUUGCAAAUACUUUAAGGGAAGCUAUGCCAAAGAUAUAUCGUGAAGAAGGUAUUAGUGGUUUCUAUAAAGGGUUGGUACCUUUGUGGCUUCGUCAGAUUCCAUACACGAUGAUGAAGUUUGCUUGCUUUGAACGUACUCUUGAGCUCCUGUACAAGUAUGUAGUUCCCAAACCAAGGCAAGAAUGUACAAAAAAUGAACAGUUGGUUGUUACUUUUGCUGCGGGAUAUAUUGCUGGUGUAUUUUGUGCAAUUGUAUCUCAUCCUGCUGAUUCUGUUGUAUCAAAAUUGAAUCAAGAAAAAGGAGCAUCAGCUGUCGAUGUUCUGAAAAAGAUGGGCUUGACUGGAGUAUGGAAAGGUCUUGGUCCACGUAUUGUUAUGAUUGGUACUUUAACAGGAGCACAAUGGUUCAUUUAUGAUGCAGUUAAAGUAUGGCUCCGAAUGCCCCGCCCACCACCACCAGAAAUGCCAGAAUCCCUCAAGAAGAAGUAUGGAUUAGCUUAAUUAUCAGAUGUCAACAAUAUUUUUAAUUGAAUCAAUUAUAGUUAAAGAAAAAGAGCAUAGAUAAAUUACCUUAUUCCUUCACAGUACACAUUGUCGAACAAUGUUUUGCCAUACAUUUCAAGUAUUUAUUCUGUAAUACAGAUAUCAGUGCAGGUCAUCACUGCCCCCAAAUUAGAUAUAACAAUGUGCUACAAAUUAUAGUAACUUGCUACCAGUUUUGUGAUUACAAAAAGGGUAGCACAUUUAUAAAACUCUGACAGUGACAGUGAGUUACCUGUUGUAACUAGAAACUGUUACUUUGUAUAUAGAAUGAUCACCGUAAAUAAAUAAUCUGUGAUCUGAUAAAUAAUAAUAA